AUGCCCGCGAGGUUGAGUGGAUAUGAACCAGUUGGAAGCUCGCGGGACAGCUUCGCUCUCAACCACCCUCUCAGAGCAUCUCGACCUUCAAAAUUAUCGCAAUCGAACAAUCGGACUCGCUUGGUUAUGCAAUCACUUUUUAGAGACUGGGAAAGCCUAUCGAACAAGGCAGCAUCGAACCAUUCCAAGGUCACAGAAGAUAUCGAUAGGGUCAUCUCCGAUCUGGAGUCACUCAAGGACCUCAUCCAAAGAGGCUCGCAGAUCGAAGGAUUUCAGAUCAAACAGAACAAUGGGCUCCAACCGAUCAUGAAUCGCUCAAAGGCAGCGACCAAGGCGGCCUUACAAUCCCACAAAGAGUUAUAUUCACUCACGUCGAAAUGGCAAAAGAUGAUCGAGAAAAGGUUCAAUCAAACAGUGCUUCCAUUACUUGGCACCAACCUCGUACCAGGCCAUCAAAACGAAACACCCAAACCCAAGCAACCUUUCAUAUCCCAAAGUGCUCAGCAAGCACUCAACCGGGUGAUCAUCGAUCAUUUGCUUCGUCAAGGAAGAUUCGAAACCGCUCAGCUUUUUGCUCAGGAGGCCCAGGCUACCUCGUCUGCCCACGUCCUCGAAGCGUGUCAGGAACUCUUUCGGAUUAACGACUCGCUGAAAGCUGGUGAUUUGGACCCCGCGCUCGAAUGGGCUGCACGGAAUCGUGAUUGGCUCGAGGCGCGGGAGAGUCCAUUGGAGUUCGAUCUGCACCGGUCUCGAUUCGUUCGACUGUUAACUCAACCUGCCUUUGAUCAUCGCUCGAUGAACGCCGCAUCAGAUAAGGAUGCAAAAGACAAGAUCGAGGUUGAAGUCGAGUUGGGUUCUAAGAUAGCAGGAGAUCAAAAGAUGGAGUCGAGCUCCACAGAUUCGGCCGUCGAUCACCCCAACCCACAAACCGAGGUUCCGAUCAUCAUCGAACCCCAAGCUAGUAAACUUGAACCAGAGGACGACCAAUAUCCUGAAGAAUACACGAAAUCUCGACAGAUAGCGCUGGAAUACGCCCAGCAGCAUUUUCCGAAGUUCUUCCCAAGACGAUGGGACGAAGCCGUCAGGCUCACGGCUUCGAGCCUUUACACUCCGUUCUCUAGAUUAAAACAGUCGCCCUACUCCGAGUUUUAUCGAUCGGCCGAGAACGCUGGCGUGGGUGAUAAUUAUGAUUGCUCAGAGCUGUGGCUUCAUGCGGAUCAUCUCGUACCUCUAUUCACCAAAGAGUUCUACGCUCGAUUGGAUUGGAGCAAGGAAUUGCCCUUGACGGUCGCCACUGAACUUGGCUCAGGCGGUGCUCUGGCGAAAAUCGCGAAAGUGAGAUCGGUCAUGAAAGAGAAACGGACUGAAUGGAGUCAGGCGGAUGAAUUACCAGUAGAAAUCCCAUUGCCGAUGGAGUUUAGAUUUCACUCCGUCUUCGCAUGCCCGGUCUCCAAAGAACAAUCCACGGACGCCAACCCACCUAUGAUGAUGCCAUGCGGACACGUGAUUGCCAAAGAAUCCAUGCAAAAGCUGGCUAAAGGUGGAGGAACGGUCAAAUGUCCUUAUUGCCCCAGCAGUUCAUCCAUGAGCUCUGCCGUUCAAGUUUAUUUUUGA